AAAUAAUUAUGAAUUAAAGUACCAGGCACAUUAGUAAAGUAGGAUAGUUUGUAAUAUUAAUAUAAAAUUUAUUUUUCUGCCAUAAUUCUGUGCCAUGAUGCCAUAAUUCUAUGUAUAUUUGAACUAUGUACAUUUUUUAGACAUUAAACGUAUAUAAAAAUUAAAAUAAAAAGUAAAUUAUAAAUUUUAAUUAUAAUCACAUAUUCCACAUAAGUAUAUAUACUAUUGUAUGUAUGUUUGUUUAUAAGACCUAAAUAAUUUGGAUAUUUUCAAAUAUAUAUGUCAAAUGAUGCAAAUUGUUUUCUAAUCUUCUUCGCUAGCUUGGUCUCUUGGCUCACAUGACAAUUUUCUCAGUCAAAUCCAUCUACAUUUAUUAUAUUUAAUAUUCUAUCGGAUGCCAAUACUUCUCUACCGAAUUGUAAUGGGAAGAGUUUUUUUAAUUCAUUACAAGAUUUCUCCAUCCAAUAAUUUAUAUAGAAAUAUUUAUAAAACCACAAGAAGAAUAGUCAUCAUCGCGGAUGUUGAUAUGAGCAAAGGUUGGGACACACACUUCGUCCAAAAUGGUCGAGCGCUUAAUCUAUAAAUUCUUUACCUGGAGGAUCGGACACAUAUGCGAAAGAGCUUUUUGAAUAAAGUAACGCUCCGCAUUAUACCUAAGAUUUUUAAAUGUUUAUUCACAUUUAAAUGUUUCUUGUUAACACAUAGCUCGUUGUCUAGCGUUGAAGCUGAGAGAAAACAUAUCUGUUUAUUAAAUACACCGAAAAAAUUUUCUCUUACAAUUUACCUAAAAAAUCAUGUUUUUAUAUUUUGGAUUGGUUCUGCCAUGGUUUGUCAAUAUCAUUCAGCAUACAAUCAAUCAAUGACCAGUCUCUUACUUGACAAUCGCAAUAAUAUCUCUAAUCGCAAUAAUAUUUAAAGGCGUUUCUCCCUCCCAUUUUCGUUUCAUAGUUUCAUUCACGAUAAGAACUGCACAACACGUAUAUUUAUAACACCGCGCCAGUAUUGGGAGAUUGCAGGAUUUCUGGCGCAUACGUAUUUGUAGCGUGAAAUAAUCAACACGUGAUUAUUUUAUAUGCUUGUAUGUAGAUUGUUCUGGAUAAGGCGCUUUCUGGGCUACAUUUGCGCAGAAAAAAAUUAUAACGGUUGCAACGAAUUUUGGUAUUCAUGUAAUAAAGUCGACUGCAUAGGUUUGAUACCUAUAUUUCGGUGAGAAUUAUACGCUACUAAUCGCCUGGAACGUUAUCUAUGACGUGUCAGAAUUCCCGCAAUCACUCAACACUGCGCUGCGCUCGACGAAGUAUCUUGUUUGUCUCACAAUCAGUUUGUCUGUAAUACUGUCAUGUCAUGAUGGAUUUAUCGUGGCUUUCGUCGCCUUUUGCGCUAUUAUUGAUUACUCUGGUCGUCAUCGGCGUCCUGAAAAUUGUCGCUGUGCUGCAUCAUACAUAUCUUUAUUGGAAGAAUAAAGGUGUACCUUACCUGCCAAUUAAUCUAUCAAAUUCUAUAACGGAUUGGAAAUUGCUUCUGGGUCGCAUCAGUGUUGUCAAUUACUUCCAAUAUUUAUACAAUUAUUUUCCGGAUGCAAAAUAUGUUGGACUAAUGGAUUUUGGCAUGCCUAGCGUGUUAGUGCGCGAUCCUGAGCUGAUCAAAGACAUCAUGGUAAAGGAUUUUGAAUCCUUCCCGGAUCAUCGCAGUUUCGUUGACGCCAGCGUAGAACCGUUAUUUAGCAAGAACAUCACCUCCUUGCGCGGAGAUCGUUGGAGAGAAAUGCGGAAUACAUUAAGCCCCUCUUUUACCGCCAGCAAAAUGAAGUUCAUGUUUAACCUGAUGUCGGAAUGUUCUCACAAUUUCGUUAAUUAUUUGGUCGAUCAUCCGGAAGUCUGCCAUUCGAUCGAAACGAAGGGAGUCUUUAGACGAUACGCCACCGACGUAAUUGCUACGACAGCCUUUGGCAUAAGUGUGAAUUCUAUGAAAGAUCAAGACAAUGAGUUCUAUAUAAGAGGAAUAGAGAUUAUCAAAGGAUUUUCUGCUGGACCGCUAGGGAUGGCUAAGAUGAUCCUUUUUCAAGCGUGUCCACGGCUCGCUAAAUUAUUAGGUCUGUCGCUUUUCCCGCCGUCUACGACCGAGUUUUUCAAGAAGAUCGUAGGGGAAACCAUUAGAGCGCGGGAGGAGCAAGGUAUCGUCAGACCGGACAUGAUUCAUUUAUUAAUGCAGGCUCGGGACAAAGAAGAUGUACAUAAAAUGACCGUGGAUGAUAUCGUUUCGCAAGCCUUCAUCUUUUUCUUCGCUGGUUUCGAAACAUCUGCGACGUUGAUGUGUUUCGCUGCUCACGAGCUGGCAGUUAACCAAGAUGUACAGGAUCGUUUGCGCGAGGAAGUACAACAGCAUCUUGCCGAAGGAAACGGUGAGAUUUCUUACGAGUCGAUAUCGAAGAUAUCUUACAUGGAUAUGGUGAUCUCUGAGACUCUUAGAAAAUAUCCGCCGUCGAUCAUCACCGAUAGACUUUGCGCUAAGAGAUAUGAACUACCUCCGUCGCGACCAGGCUGCAAGAAUGCGAUCGUCGAACCCAACCAUGUAUUGUUGUUUCCUAUUUAUAGUUUACAUCACGAUCCGACGUACUUUCCGAAUCCGGAUAAAUUUGAUCCGGAAAGGUUCAACGAGGAGAAUAAAGACAAAAUUUUACCGUACACUUACUUACCAUUCGGUCACGGACCUAGAAAAUGUAUCGGCAAUCGA